AUGGGUGUGCAGACAUCACGUCCUUCGAAAAGACCGCGCACCUCGCCGAACCAUGUUCCUGCGGAAACAAGCGACCUUGCCCAUUCUUCCAUACCACCGCCCGCGACUGGAGCGCAUCGUUUGUGCCUGAAUAUUGCCGGCACGCGAAUGCAGGCCACCAGACACACACUGUGUGCAUUGGGGCCAUCCUAUUUUACAAGCUAUCUCACGACAAAGAUCCCUACUACGGAUGAGCUUUUCAUUGAAACAUCACCCGCAGCCUUUGAAGUAGUUUUUGGUGCAUUGCUCGUUGCGCAGGCCAGCCUCACGAAGGCAGUUAACGUAGUACACGAUGGUUUGGAUAAGUUUGGAUUUGUGUUGCAUCAGUUGCUAGAUUUUUUGAUGCUGAGCUGGACGGUAGGAAGGCCGUUUCAUUUGCCGCAAUUGGCCUCUGUUGCUGCAUGCGACAGCGCUGCUUUCUUCAAGGCCGGCGACUUUUUGGAUCAAGAGUUCAUAAGCUUGGAACUGGGGCUGAGAUCUCAUGGUCUGCAGGGCGGUGUCUUUGAAUAUUUGCGCGGCAAGCGUCAAAAUCCUUGUGCGUAUCGCCUUUCAGCUGAUGGAAAGGUUUCAACACGUGGCACGGUGCAUGUCUCCGCCGAGUGUAAUUGUCGAGACACAGAUUCUUUCCUUGAAGCCAAUGCUGCCAAUGCCGCAACGACGGACCUGGGCGAGCUGCUCGAUUCAACCCGAUCUGCGGAGCAUACGGAGCGCCGGCUUGCGAUCUUGUCAGAGUUCUACAAUGAUGGUGAUCAGUGCGGUGAAGGUCUGAACCUGUAUUUGGAAGAAGCAGGGUUUGAGGAUGGCGCGGAGGUGGACGCAUAUGAGAACACUGUGGCCUCACGCCUUGUUUUUGACCUAGGACCCAAGUUCAUGCUGCGACUGCAGGGAGCCUUGAUUGGACUCACGUCCAACACCAGAGUUCCCUGCAAAUGCUGUGUGCGAUUGGACGUUGCAGAUAGCCACGCUGAGCUCAAGGAAGGGCUGCCUGGCGGUUUGGCUGGUGACCUUCAUGCGCACGUCGAGCUUCUUCCAAACUACGGACUUGACGAAGAGGGUAACUUUCACUUUCGCCACUCCCUUGUCAAGCUCCAAGCGGUUCGCCCACUCCCAAUCGGGCGCCUGCUCUCUGUGGAAGUCUGGAGUUGUGCCUCCAAUCUUGACACUGGCGGAGAUGCUGUUACCUCGGGCACGCAGACAGCCCGCAAGUGGCGUUUGUCGGCCUUCGAAGUCUUCGGUGAUCUUAUUGAAUUGCCAGAAGAGCUGUCCUCCCGGGACAGCCGAUGCCCGUUUCAGUUUGAUGAACGCUCGACAACCUGCUGCCAGUAUCAGCUGAACACCAGAAAUUAA